UAUCCUCUAAACCUCAUGUGACUCACACCAAAAGUCCUUGCCAUCUUCCUUCACACCCAAAAGAGAGUUUGGGAAAGGAAAAAGGAAAUAAAAAAAUUGUGGUUAAAGUUCAGUUGAGGAGUAAACCCAAAGUCACCCAAUUUUCUCUUUGUGCGCGAAUUGGGUGGGAAUGGAAAAAAUUGGAUCCAAAAUCAUCAACAAGAGAAGGAGGAGGUAAAGAGGAGUUCCUUGAGCCUCAGAGAAUGAUGGCCAAUUAUUUCACAAAAUGGUUUUCCGAUCUUCAUUGGCGGCUACUUCUGUUAGUCGUCCCUCCCCUCUUUUUUAUCGUCUUCCUCUCACUCUCAUCUUCUUCUUCGUACUCUCCCACCAAUUUCCCCUUAUCUCCGUUUGCUCCCAUUCGAUCUUUCCUUCGCGGCCGUGCCUUCCUGUUCCAGCAGCCGCCCCUCAACAUAACAACCCUAAACACUCUCAAUUCUACAACUAGUGAGUCCAAUCGGAAUCGGACCGACGAGUCGUUGAAGAAGCGCAAGGAUGACGAUUUGCAUCGGUCCAGAAUAGCCGUCUGUUUGGUUGGUGGGGCCCGGAGGUUCGAGCUAACUGGGCCGUCCAUUGUCGACAAGAUUCUAAACCAAUAUCCGAAUUCCGAUCUUUUUCUGCACAGCCCUAUGGACCCCAACGCCUUCAAGUUCUCGCUCCUCAAGGCCGCGCCUAGGAUCGCCUCCGUCAGAAUCUUCCACCCCAAACCCAUGCUCGAGACUGAGUUCCAGCUCCGAGUCCUAACCGCUCACAACUCGCCCAAUGGCAUUCAGGGCCUUUUGCAAUACUUCCACCUGGUGGAAGGCUGCCUAACUAUGAUCCAAGCAUACCAAAAACAAAACAACUUCAGCUACGACUGGAUAAUCCGAACCCGAGUGGACGGCUACUGGAACGCCCCGCUCCACCCUAAACACUUUGUGCGGGGACAGUACGUGGUCCCUCCGGGCUCAAGCUUCGGCGGACUCAACGACCGCUUCGGAGUUGGUGACCUCAACAGCUCCAUAGUCGCCCUGUCGCGCCUCUCCCUCAUUGCCAAACUCGACGCCGAUAGGUUUCGCCAACUCAACUCGGAAACCUCCUUCAAGGCCCAACUCACCACCCAAGGGGUGCCAUACGUCACUAAACGACUCCCCUUUUGUAUCGUAACGGACCGCCAAUACGGCUUCCCACCAAGCCGUUUCGGAGUGCCUGUAGCGUCGUUGUCAAGCCCAGGCCCAUUGAGCGGAGCCAAGUGCAGGCCCUGCAGGCCUGUGUGUCAAGGCCCCUGCGUAGCGGAUGUGAUGCUUAGCCUGCACAGAGGGUGGAGCUGGACCCCCUGGGCCAACGGCACUCUCCAGCUUUGUGAUGCCCAUGGCACAUGGGAAAAGGGUUGGGAGACCACAUUUGACCGAGUUGCUGGCCAGAAAUUCGCUGCCGAGCGAAAGCGAGUUUUGGGGUUGACGGUGAAGCAGUGCAUUGAUGAUUUCAACCAAAUGAAAAACAAAACUGCUAACUGGGAGGCACCGCCAGUGGACGAGAUUUGUAGCAUUGAGGUGCUUGCGCCACCCCACUGAACAAAGAACCGGCUCGGGAACUUUUUCUCUUUUUUUUUUUUUUUUCUAAUAGGUAAACAAAAAGAGUGGCAGAGAUAGGGGAAAGAAAUAUAUAGAGAAUAAUUUUGGAUUCGUAAAUUCUCUUAUUUUAAUGAUAUAGAAUAUUGUUAGGACA